UUUUGGUAAAUUCAAUUUUUUUUAGCUGUUGAUAACUUAAAAACGUAAACAAAUCGAAAUAGAAUUCAAACAUGGAUCCAGUAUUCAAUACCAGAUGGUUAAUAUGUAGAAUAUGUUUAAAAAGUGAAAAUAAGAAAUUGUACAAUAUAUUUGGUCCCAUAAUUGAAGAGGAAAUCACAGAUUUAGGCACAACACUGCAAGACAAAAUAGAAUUAUGUGGAGCAAUAAAGCUUACUCAACAAAACAAUUUACCCAGUAGAAUCUGUAAUCGAUGUGUGUUACUGUUGCGAGCUGCCUAUAAAUUUCACGAUUUGUGCCAACAGUCUCAAAAUCAACUAAAACAAUUUAUCAUAUCGAUACCACAGAAGGAGGAGUCUGAAGAUACGCUUGAUAUAAAUUUUGAUUCCGAUGCUGAAGAUCAAAAAACUGAAGUUCAAGAAGAAGAGGAAAAUAUCUUAAUAGAUGAUGCAGAUUAUAUUGUAGAGGAGAGCAUAGUAGAAUAUGACAUAAACGAGGAAACCUCAUUAAAUGCACCGGCUAAAAAUGAAGAUUAUACAGCUAGCAUUGAAGAUGAUGAGGGCGAAAUUCGUGAUUUUAGUGAUGAUGAAAGUUCGCAAUAUGUUUUGGAAGAAGUCGAUGCCAAACAGUUCGUAACCGAAGACAGUGAAGAUAUAAUUGCAACCUAUAAGUAUGAAGAAGACUUAAAUAAUGAUGAUAUAAUUAUUGAAGAGCUGGCUAAAAAUCCAGAAAAAGAAUUAAGUGUUAAACGCCCCACUGAAAGAAAACCGCCUGUGAAGAGAAAACGAAAACAGAGUCAGGAUGAUGGUUUCAAUGGUGUUUAUAGUUGUACGUUUUGCGAGAAUACAUACAUGGAGAAAAUUAAAUAUACUAAUCAUAUGAAGAUACAUAUUAAGGAUAAGCCACAUGAAUGCGAAAUCUGUAAAAAGCGUUUUUCUACCACGCCACAACUGUCGCGCCACAUGAACUCCCAUACAGGCAAUCGGCCCUACAAAUGCCAAUAUUGUGAGGCACGUUUUGGAGAUCCCUCAACUAAAAUCAAACACGAAAGAAUACAUACGAAUGAACGGCCUUAUAAAUGCAACAUGUGCGAUAAAGCUUUUGCCUAUUCCAAUGUUCUGAAAGUACACAUGAUGACACAUACUGGCGAAAGACCUCAUACCUGCGACUAUUGUGGUAAGAGCUUUUCACAGCUUCAUCAUAAAAAUGCCCAUGAAAAGCGUCAUACUAGUGUUAAUAUGGUACUUGUAAAUAACUCACCUGUUAUUGAAUAUAUGAAGGAGGAGGACGACGAUGUUUUAAAGGAAUAUAAAAUUGAAGAAAUUUGUUCUAUUUACAUUAUUAAAAUUCAUAAAAAUACCAAUAAAAUGAAGUCUGGUCUGAAUGAAAAAUGGCUGGUGUGUAGAAUUUGCUUGAAGCAGCCCAAAGAAGAAAUGCAAACAAUAUUUGACAAAAAUGCUGAAAAAGAUUUGACGCGUAUGAUAUUGGAAUGUGGUGGAGUGCCUAUAAAACAAUUUGAUCAUUAUCCCGAUAAAAUAUGCAGCAGAUGUCAUAAAUAUUUACAAGUGGCCCACAAAUUUCGUUUAACCUGUCAAAGGUCUCACAAUCAUUUAAGUAAAUUUAUAGCCCCUGUAGAAGUUGAAAAGACGACGGCUGAGAAUGAAUUUGAGGAAGAAACUGAUUCAAUUGGAAAUACCUUGUCAAUAACGGAAGAUGGUUAUGUCGUUGAAGAAUCUAACGAAGGUUUAAUGGUCAAACUGGAGCAGGAAAAUCUUGGGAUGGUAAAAGAAGAAUAUACGGUUCAUAUACAGGAGGAAGAUGAUGAUUUUGUUGAGAUCUAUGAACCCAUGACGGAGGAAGAGGAAAAAGAAGUUUUCCAACUUGCCGAUGAUACCUUUGAUAAUGACAGCCUACCCGAUAGCCAGGAUAAUGUGGAAUAUCUUGAAUUAGAAGAAGAUUUGGAAUUGCCUUCAUCAGACGACGAGGAAUUUAUUAAUAAUGAAAAUUCUAAGCAAAAAUCUAAAGUCGCAGCAAAACGUUCUGCAGUCCAAGCCUCUACCAGCCGUAAAGCAGCUGCUCCUGCAGCAAAACGUGCAAAACGAGCACCCAAAGAAAAGAAACCCAAGGAAACAUCUUACAUAUGUGAUUUCUGUGGUAAUAAAUAUCCCUCACAGGGUAGACUUACAGAACACAUUAAGUUACAUAAAGGAAUUAAACCACAUGAAUGCGAAAUUUGUGGGCAUUGCUUUGCACAAGGCCAGCAAUUGGCACGUCAUAUGAACACCCAUACAGGUAAUAGACCCUAUAAAUGCAGUUAUUGUCCAGCUGCAUUUGCUGAUUUAUCAACCAGAAACAAGCAUCAUCGUAUCCAUACCAAUGAACGCCCUUAUGUCUGCGAUGUUUGUGGCAAGAGCUUUACUUACACAAAUACUUUGAAAUUCCACAAAAUGAUCCAUACCGGUGAAAAGCCUUUUGUCUGCGAUAUUUGUGGCAAAGGUUUUCCACAGAACUACAAGUUGCGGAACCAUAAAUUGAUACAUGAGAGAAAAGGCAUCAAACUGGAAGUAGUCGAGGUAGCCAAAAUGGAGGCCAAUCAAGAGCAUGAAGCCGUCUAUCACCAUGAUGUCCAUGUAGAAGCAGCAGCCCAACAACUGCUGGAAAUCUAAGCGUAUAGUAAUGAACUACAACAACUAUACUAUAUUUUUAAUUGAUUAAAACUCUACUUACUGCAGUUAAUACACAUUCAUUUAUAUAUUUUUUCUUUUUUUUAGUUUAGCUUUAACUUUAUACAAAAAUAUAGUUUAAUAUUAAAAUUAUGUAUUUGGACAUUUACUUUAUUUAAGUUGUAAAAUAAACAAUCUCAAUGAGUAAAUAUUCUGAAAUUAAA